AUGGCGAUGCGGCAGAUCCUCGUGGUGCUAUGGGCUCUUGUGAUGUGCCUUUACCAGGCUGAGUCCAAGCGCAACUCAGUCAGCCGUCACCUGCCCAGCAACCAUCCAGAUUCCGAGCGUGUCGAUGAUGACGAGCCAGACUCGGAAGCCAGCCUCCUCGAGGAAGAGAAGGUGUGCACCCAACAUCUGGAUUGUCCAAUGUGCUAUCUUUGCUCCGAGAACCAAAACUUCAAGAAUGGACACUGUUACUUGAACAAAGGUUACAAAGAUUUGAAGAUCUGUGAAAAGCUUUUCAAAGAUUGA